CAAAAAGAGUCAGGCUGCUCUUGAGAUUGUUGAUGAUAUAAUUAUUGAACUUGUUAGAGGAGGGUGUUCAUGGUGGAAGCUGCUGAGGACUCAGUCAUUUAAAAGUUCUCCAAGCUGAGACAGCACUGGGUUCACACAAGGCUCCCAGUGUGGUGGCAACCCUCAGCUGAAAUAGGGCCUGUGCAGGGUGGAGGCAACUUGCUGCAGCCAGGACCUGUCACAUUACUCUCAGCUCCACAGUAGGACCCGGGCACCUGAGUAUACAGGCUGUGAGGAGGAGGGAGAGUUAGAGCAGACCAAACACAGGGGAACCAGGACGUCUCUGCUGCAGUGUCUAUAGUUGGUACAUUGGAGACACUUUUUCCCUCUGAGUCAAAGGGGGAUUGCAGCCGAGUGCCAUCAGAGGUUGUGGUAAAAAGUUCUCCUUUGUACAACUUUUGAUCCACUUGAAAAAGAGAACAAUGGAUAAGGAUGCUUUUGUGGACUACGAGUAUCCAGACCUGGAUCCUCCGCCGUCCAAAAUGGAAAUGGAAGUAAUCCCUCCAUGUGACCCCACUGCUGAUGACCGGCUCUACCACAUAUGCAUCACCGCGAUUUCUCUCGUCAUCAUGCUGAUCCUCGCGAUCUUGGCCAGACGCACGAAGGCCAACAACAGACAGAAAGGACUCCCGGGUUUACUCAGUCCGGUCAACUUCCUGGACCAUACACAGCACAAGGGCCUGGCAGUGGCUGUGUUUGGAGUGCUCCUGUGCAAACUGUGGGGCCUGGUCAUUUCCCCAAACCCCCUCCCCUUCAUAACGGACCCAGAGAACAAACAGAACUGGGUGAUUCUGGGAGUCUUCUUCUACCCCGCACUUUACUACCCUCUCCUGGCAUGUGGCACCUUGCAUAACAAAGUGGGCUAUGUGCUCGGCAGCCUCUUGUCCUGGACCCACUUUGUUGUUCUGGUCUGGCAGAAAAUUGACUGUCCAAAAACAACGUUGAUCCACAAACACUACUCCCUCUUCUCCAGCCUGCCGCAGAUCGCCUGCUUGGCAUUCCUCAGUUUCCAGUAUCCACUUCUGCUCUUCAAGGGCUUAAAGGGCACGGAGAAGCACAACGUUGCAGAGGAUCUAAGCAGCAGCUACUAUAAAGAUUAUGUGAAGAAAAUCCUCAAGAAGAAGCCCACCCAAAUCAGCACAUCGAGCACAGAGACGCCGAAGCUCCCUCAAAGAAUAAUGGAUGCUGUGAAGUCGUACAUCUACAGACCAGAGGAAGCUUUCCGUUUUCCACUGAAGUUGGCUAUAUCUGGUGUCGUGUCAUUCAUAACACUGUAUCAGGUGGGUCUCCUUCUGAUCUCGGGAGUUGUGCCUACUCUCCAGACCGCUCGUCUAGGAGUGGAUGGGGACAUCGCCAACGUUUUGGCUGGAUUCAGGAUAAUGCUGUCUCCAGACAAACAGGAAGUGGUGCGAAUCGUGGUGUAUUACAUGUGGUGUGUAGAAGUGUGCUACAUCUCAGCGAUGACCCUGUCUGGUUUGGUCAACCUGGCUAUGCUCAUGCGCUCCAUGGUUCUGCAUCGGUCGAACCUGAAGGGGCUGUACAGAGGAGAUAUCUAUAACGUUUACAACUGCCAGAGAAGCAUCAGGGCUUCUCGGCCGGCGCUCGUCUGCUGGAUGGGAUACACCAGCUUUACAGCUGCUCACAUGUGCAUCGGCAUGAUGGUCCAGACUAUGGUGUUCUUCCUCUGCCUUCUGAUCACCGUGUUCCUCAUCAUCAUACCUGUCCUGCACAGACAGAACCUGAUUCUCUUUCAGAUCCUCUGGAGCAUGUGGCCCUUCUGGCUGAUGAUUCUCUUGGUUGUGCUGAUUCAGCACAUCACUGCCAGGUUUUGCUUCAUCAAGAAGACAGCAGGCACUCGAGACCUAAACAACAGGGGGAAUCUGUUCCUGCUGACCUACCUGCUUUUUCCAGUCAAUGUCCUGAUUGGGGUGCUCCUGGCGGUCUGGCGCAUGAUCAUCACCGCCCUGUUCAACAUUGUUCACAUGGGACGUAUGGACAUCAGUCUUCUUAACCGCAAUGUGGAGGCAUUUGACCCAGCCUACCGCUGCUACGCUCAUUAUCUGAAGAUUGAGGUGAGCCAGUCUCACCCUGUGAUGAAGGCCUUCUGCGGGAUGCUGCUUCAGUCUGUGGACCAGGAGACCGAUGCUGCUGCACAGAGGACACGGGAUGCUGAGGAGGGGAUCCAGCUGGUCCAGCAGGAGAAGAAACUCUGCAAAGUGUCCAGUGCCAAGAGGGCCCGCAGGCACUGGCACCUCCUCUACACUCUGGUCAACAACCCGUCCCUGGUGGGCACCAGGAAGCACUUCCAGCGUCAGGCCGCAGAGAGCUUUGUGAAUGGAAGCCUCAGACGCAGUGCCAAGGAGGGGAGCAAAAAGGAGGCGGCACCCAAGGAGAUGUAGGCUGCUGCCAGCGUUUGAGCAUGAAUGUGACCUUGAUGGAGGAUUUUCUGCAAAGUCUCUCGUGGUUUAGGGCAAAUUCUACCAUCACAGUAUUUGUCCAUAUACUACUGAAGAAGUGUCUGCCUUCGGUACAAAAAUAAGUGCACUUAUAGCUCAGUGUCUCAUCUGCAACCAGCCUUUCUUUCUGUUUAUCUGGAGAUUGUGUGUUUUCUUUGUGUGCCUUUGUGCUGCUCUGGCUGUUUUGAGUGUGAGGGCCACCGACUUCAGUCUGAUGUGAAAGCUUGUGUGGCCCCGCUCCCCCAACUAAACACACUCUUCAUGUCAUUUUCAGUACGUUUAUGUGAUUAUUUUGGGGCAGCACUCAUGUUAUAUUUUAGUUAUAAUCAUGUAUGUUUUCCAUUAUGCUGUUCUUUUCCCUUCUGCACAAAUAAUGCAACAUGGUGCACGCCCAAACUAAACACAUACUGUACAACCCACUGAAGCAUCCCCUUAAAAGAGUAUUUAUAUGUAGAGCUGUUCACUAUUUAUGACUUUACAGAAUGAACUGCUUUCAACGGCGGGGUAAUAAUUGUUUCAAUUGUACACAUUCUAUGUAAUUAACAAUAACCUGUGGAAUAGGAAUUACCAGACAAAUUAAGCUGUUUGCUCUGUCUUUUCUUUUAUUUGUAGACGUUUGAGUCCAAAACCACUUGCUGCUUUGCCAGCGUUUUGCCUUUUGUUGUGUUUUCCAAAAUCCUAUCUGGUUUUCUGAUAUUCACCAACAUUGAAUUUCUCUGCGUUGACCUUUAAAAUGCUGACUUUCAAGUGAAAAUAUAAAAAACAAUGUUCUUUCUGAUUACUGUGAAAAUAAAACUUAAACAUAUA